AUGUCAAAACCGACUAAACUUUGUACCAUAUCAGAUUAUGAAAGUUUUAUUGACAAAUUUGAUACAUUCUUGAUUGAUUGUGAUGGUGUUUUAUGGAAGGGCGAUUAUGUAAUACCAGGUAAAAAAAUUUUGUUCGUUACGAACAAUAGUGCAAAAUCUCGUGCUGAUUAUUUUAAAAAAUUCAAGAACUUAAAUAUCGAAGCAAAUGAGGAUGAGAUAUUCAGCUCUUCUUAUGCAUCUGCUUAUUAUCUCAAGAAUAUUCUAAAAUUUCCCAAAGAUAAGAAAAUUUAUGUUAUUGGAGAAUCAGGAAUUGCCGAUGAAUUAGCUCUUGAAGGAAUUCGUUAUUGUGGCUUAAAUGAUAAUAUCGUACAAGACCAACCUUUUACUCUUGAAGAUAUCACUCCAGAUCCAGAGGUUGGCGCAGUUCUCUGUGGUAUUGAUCGUUAUAUAAAUUACAGAAAACUAGCAAAGGCUUUAUACUAUUUAAAUACGAAUCCUGGCUGCAUUUUUUUGUUAACUAAUAAUGAUUCAACUUUUCCAUUCCACGAUCAUGUUGCCCCGGGUGCCGGUGCAAUUGCUGCUCCGUUAAUAACGUCACUGAAUAGGGAUCCGGAUUGCAUUGUGGGAAAACCAAAUAAACCAAUGAUGGAUUGUAUUAUCCAAAAAUUUCAUUUAAAUAUUGAACGUACUUGUAUGAUCGGUGAUCGUUUAGAAACUGAUAUUAAAUUUGGAAUUAAUGGUGGAAUUACUACAUUAUUGGUAUUAACAGGUAUUUCUUCAGAGAAGGAUUUUCUUGGCAAAGAUGUUCCCUUUCCCAUUACUCCUGAUUAUUACAUGUCUAGUCUUGAAAUUCCUCGUGAUAUGAUUGUCGUGCUGGUUGUACCAAUUAAAAAUCGUACUACUUUAUUCGACUUAAACAUGUUCAUUCCUCUUUUGUUUAAAUAUGAUAAUGAUGAAUCAUUAAAACGUUUAAAAAAAUCAACUACCAAUUAUGUUUUUGCUGUUGCGAUUAACGAUGAAAUAUCUCAAUCUUUUGAACAUGGUUGGAAAAUUUGUGUAUUUUCAUCAUACCAACCACCAGGUCAAGAUGUUGCAUACGAAAUAAGUCAUCCAACUUACCGUUACAAUAAUUUAAAAGGGGAAUUUGUAUUUACUAAAUUUCCUACAGAUUAUAAACCGAUUAUUUAUUUACCUGUAGAAAUUUGGUUAAAUUUUGAUAUGUUUUGCGUAUCUUCAUUUUCAAUUGAAAUUCAUGAUUUAUCAAAAAAUGGAAAUAUUUCUCAUUAUAUUGAUCAAUAUUGGAGUAUUAGUGUAGAAUUUGUAGAAUUUUUAGAAAAUGAUUUUCAAUUUAAAAUUCUUGAUUGGAAAGUUAAGGACGAAAAAGUUUUUAAGGCUUUAACUACUUAUCUAAAUGUUUGUUUAUCAUAA